GAGGUCUCAGACGAGGGCGGGAGCUGCUGGAGAAGGCGGGCGGCCACAAGAUAUUGCUAGAGUUCCUGGGCGAGACGCUCAUGGGCGAGCCGAUGCCAGAGGCCGCGAAGUACCUGAAGGAGUAUCUGUUCACGCUGCGACGGAGGAACAAAGAGGGCAUGAAGGCGUGCGCUCAGAGAAGCAGGGUCGUCGCAGACAAGCUGGACCAGAGCUUCAGGCGGAUCGACGAGAAGGACACGACGACAGAGAUCAAGCUAGUGAAGAAGACGCGGCCCGAGGAGAAUACAGAGUCCGUGACGCUGGAGUCGAUUCGAGAACGUGAAGGCCCUGAAGGCGACGACGAGGGCGCAGAGGGCGCCAGCAGCUGGAAGGACGAGAGCGACGGUUGCUGGAAGGGUAGCUGGUGGUACGGCAGCAGCUGGUGGUCGAGUUCACCGACAGGGUCGGCUGGCUGGACCUGGCCACAGGCGACGACGUCGCUGAAGGCACGCAAGAAGGUGGCGCUGAAGGAGAAGGCUACGGAUGCGCUGUGCUCACUGAUGGCGCGUUUCGACCUGGGGGGCGAUGAUGCGGACAUCAGGGCGCUGAAGGAGGUGGCGACGGAGGCGCGCGAGACGCUGAUCCCGUCGGUGAUUGCGGGAUGGCUGCUGCUUCAAAGAGCAGGACUCAACGCUCAAGAGCGCGCAGGAGUUCUGUCGUCGGCCAAGAACUCGCUGAACCUGAAGAACAUCGAGGCGGCGCUGCGGGGCCAGUGGACUGACGUGGACUUGAAAGAGCACGACGCGCACAACAAGAAGCGAGAUAUCUUCCCGCGCAAACCUGGCCGUGGACGAGCAUUAAGAGUCUUUGGAGAAGAUGAAGAUGAUCGAGAGGAGGCUCCGGACGACUACGACCCGGACGACGACUACGAGGCCUACGCGGAGUUCGAUUGGGACGAGGACGAACUCGACCUCGAAGGUCUGGGCGAGGAUGAACGCGCGGAGGCGGAGGAGGCACUGGCGGUCAUCGCCGGAGCCAAGAAGGACGUCAAGAACUUGAAGAGGACGCUGGCACAAGCGCGGGCCGUGGUGACGGAUAUCAAGCAAAGCCGAGGGUUCUUCCAGAAGCGCAAGGGCAAGGGCAAGAAAGGUGGCAAGGGCCAAGGUGGGCCGUGCUUCAUCUGCAGUGGGCCGCACAGGAAGGUCGACUGCCCGAAGAACCCGGAGAACCGAAGCACGGAGCAGCCACGCGGACGAGCAUCUCAGGUUGGAGCGUUGGCGUUCAGCUUCGCGAACUGGGAGGCCGAGGUCAGCGACGACGAGCUCGAGGAGACCAACCUGGAGAUGCCCUACACGGAGUACGAGGUGGAGCACGCGCUGGCUGGGCUUGCAGACGAGACGGAGGGGUGCAUGGUGCUCGACAGCGGAGCAACAAAGACGUUCGGAUCGAUCGUGGCGCUCGAGAAGAUCAUCGAGAAGCAGCAGCAGGCAGGAAUCGACGCGAGCAACGUGAAGGUCGAUGUGACAGAUCGGCGAACGGCAAUCUGGGGAGCGUGCGUGUCGGGCUAUGCGCUGAGCGCCAAGGGGGACCGCUACGUACCGCUGCUGGGAUCAGUGGAUUUCCUGAAGCGUGCUGGAGCGAUCAUCGACUUCGAGACGGGGAUCGCCUGUUUCAACAACAUCACGAAGAACAAGGUGGCGGAGCUCAAGCGGAUCUCCACCGGACACCUGUGCAUCGACAUGACGAAGGAUCUCUACGACGCGAAGGUGAACAACACCGACAGGGGCGACUUUAAGCAGAAGCUCGAGGACUUACAGCAGGCUCUCGGCACUGCGAGGGUCGCGGCGGCCGAUCCAGACGCGAGCCCUUCCGGCGCGAACGACAGCUCGAUCAAGGACUGCGAGUACUUCGACCCGAUUUCGGAUAUUUUCGGCGAUCCGGACUACACCGACACGAUCUAG